CCCCCUUCUCCAAAUGAUGAGUGGUCUCGUCCAAAGAUGGCGGCCUCCAUCUUGAGAUGCUCUUUGACUGCUGCUGUCAAAGUUAACCGUUUAUCUCCGUCUGUGUCAGGCAGACGAUGGUUACUUUCAGCAGCUUAUUCAGACAGAACAUUGUGGGAGGCAAGAGAAAAGGACCCUCAAAAUUUAGCCUUGUUGGCCAACAACAUGGACAGGAUAUACGAGAGGAAUCUUCCAGUUAGCUCCCUGACUGUGUCACAGUUUGUAGACAACAUAUCAUGCCGAGAGGAGGUGGAUCAAGCCGAGUACUACCUUUACAAGUUCCGUCACAGUCCAAAUUGUUGGUACCUUCGAGACUGGACAGUUCACAGUUGGAUCAGGCAGUGUCUGAAAUACGGCGCUAGAGACAAGGCCCUGCACACGCUUCAAAACAAGGUCCAGUAUGGAAUCUUCCCAGACAACUUCACCUUCAACUUGCUCAUUGAUUCCUACCUGAAGGAUGAGGACUUCAAAAGCGCAUGCUGCGUGGUUGAGGAGGUGAUGCUCCAAGAGGCCUUUGACCUUCCUUCUACUCAGAUCCUGUCUCUGUAUGCUCUGGCCAGUUACCUAGCAACCAGACCUCAACUCACAGUGUCGCAGGAGCGAGCGCUGGGAGCGUCUCUGCUCAUCUGCGGCCUGAAGCAAGAGAGCAGUGUGGGCCUCACAGCUCAGCUCCUGGGAAACGCUCUGCUAGGCAAGGUAGAGAUGCAGAAGGGCAUCCAUGCUGUGUUCAAAGUCAUGCCCCUCUUCUGGGAACGAGGAUAUCUGAGUCGAGCGCUGGCUGUCGUGGAAAGCGCCGCCGGCGCGCCCGCUGACGUCAAACUGUCCAAAGACUCGUUGGGUUUUCUAGACGAUGUGCUGCACGGGCUGUCCUCCACCUCGUCUGACUCAUCCGAUUCGUCUGAUUCGUCUGGAGAUGAGUCGGCAGGGGAGGAAGAACGAAAAGAAGAAAUUGAUGGAGAUGACCAGGCGGAGAGGGAAAAGCUUCCUGAAUAUGAGAGCAAAUUCAAGGCAAUGGUCAGCCAGCUGGAGGCUCAGGAAAAAGUCGACGCGUCUGACUUCCAAACGUUGGCGACCAGUCUGGCCAAGCAGCAACUGCCCUCCAUGGAGAGACCGGACCUGGACCAGUACGAGAGUCUGCUGGGGGCCUGGGAGGCCGAGAGGAAGCAGCUUAUCCAGAGGGAGCAGGAGGCGAGGAGGAAGGCCGAAGAGGAGAAGCGCGAGCGACUCGCUGCCAAGGCGGCGCUCCAGCAGCAAGCCUAAAGGUUGUUAACUGCAACUAUCACUUAUUGUGUGUUAAUAUUGUACAUAUUUUUUGAAUACGUCAUUUGGGUUAUAAUUGAAAGAAAAUCAAAUGACUGGCUUCAAUUAUGCAAGACUCGUGGGCAAAACAUAUUGUUGGGAUCACAUCCUCCUAUUCCUUUUCCUGUGCGUACGUGCGUUUGUGCGUCCUGGGGAGUUUUCUCACAGGCGUAAAGAAAGGGUUAUUGCGCUGAAGAAUUUGCUGAUAACUAAUCUGGAAAAGGGAAUUCUGUGCUGGCAAAGGAAUUCACUUAUGACUGUUAAACACAAUAAAUGCAUUAUGUGGUUCUGAUGUGCGCACGGGGUUUGCUAGAAAAGCCGAUGCUACCCGUAUCAAACAUAACGCGCUUGACUUCAUGUGUAAAACGGUUUAGAUGUGGACAGAUAAUAAAUCCCCAUAGGGGAGAACAAAACAUUGUCUAUUGAUGUUGAGUUACUGUGAAUCCAGAGCAGAGAAAAUCACAUUAUGGCAUUGAUUUUUCACUUGAAUACUGCUAACUCUUCUUGUCAGUUUAAUCAGAAACAUGUUUAAAGGCUGGAUUAUGUCCUGAAGAGUACACAUUCACCAUUUUAAUACAAUUCAAUCUUGUCAGUCUUUUGUCCUCAAGCAAAUGUCAAGUAAGUAGUGUGUUUGUGUGUGUGUGUAUGUAUAUGUAUGGGGAUAUAUAUAAAUAUAUAUAUAUAUAUAUAUAUACACACACAACAAACGCAUUACAUUACACAUUGUUGUCUCUUUGGGCAGCCUGUUACAAGUUUUGAUUUAGGAGCACGGUCACAAAACCAAUUAAACUUAUAUCUCAAGGCACCACAGUAUAUCUACAUGCAGUAUGUGUGUAUAUACUGCAUAAUGGUAGCCUACUGCCUUUUCUCAGUACUUUAUCGAAAAUAAAUGAGAGGAUAUUGGCUCAACUCCAAAUGGACCUGGGCUGCCUUGGGGGAGGUAAAGGAGGCUUUCUGCACACGCUUCAUUUCAGGUAAAUAAAUAUAAAGCGGAAGUUUUUAUUGGUGCAGAUUGGAAAGUUCAACUGUGAGACAUUCACCGUUGCAGGAAAAUGUAUUAGAGAUAUUAUCCUUAUCACAGCAAAAAAAUAAAAGACCAACAUCAUGUUCUCUUCAUGAGACUUUAUGACCAUAAACAUCACUUACAUGCACUUUUAUAGCUAUGUAAACACAAACAAAAGUCCAGUGUCAGGACUUUUUAGAUUGCAAAAUAUGGCUGCUGGAUAUUUCAUGAUUCAUCAUGGUCAACAGCUUCACAUUUCUCCUUGUAAGCGGAUUGCAAAUAGCGUUUAAUUUGUCUCCGUGUUUGAUUGCAGGGAGACGAGCCGAGCAUUUGUUCUGACAGCGGUGCAUUUUCUCAUUAAGUCAAACGUAAUAUUCAGUAAUUUCCCAAAUUUGGUUUGGAUGCUGACACGCUGUCUUGUGUGUUUAUGUGCUCCUUUGAAUAUCUUUACAGUAAUGUGAUUUUUCUCCUUUUAUCGGUGCUUCAAAGUUUGCAGCUGCAGUGUAGAAAGUAAACCUGUCUAAUUAUAUUUGCAAUGAUUUCAAACUUU